GUCACUAGUCUCACUAGAAUACUAGUCUAGAUCUAGAUCUAGAUUUCUAUAUAGAUCUAGAACUAGUAACUAGAUAUAGAUCUAUGAAUCUAUUACAUCUCUAGAUCUAGAUGCAGACUAGAUCUGUGUCAGUCUGUGUAGUCUGUAGAGACUGUAGUUACUGUAGUACAAAAUUGAGUAAGAUUAAAUUAAGUAUAAUUAUUCUGUGUGCAGCAAUGUUGCUUAAAUUGAAAGAAGUGGUUCAAUGGACACGGAUGACAGCAUUUGAACUCUUCCUUCAUCUGCUUUCUAUCCUCAUAUUUAGUGUUCUCUUGGCAACAAAAUUAGAGAGGCAUCUGGCAGCUUCAUGGCCUACUGUGUUUUCACCUCUUUUUAUCUGUGAUGGCUUGAAUGCAUACUUGUGUCUUAUUGUCUUCGUAAGACAGUUCAGAGAAUAUGAGUUAAAACAGGCAAGUUUACGUGUUGCAGGCUCACUUCUAGUCAAUGGACUUAUAUUUACUUUCAAGCUUCUGUUGUGCCAGAAACUUGUUACAGGAAACUUGAGUUGUUCUGAAGUGUUUGCACCAUUAUUUGUCCUGUCUACCUUCCUUAUGAUAAGAGCUUGUCGAAUGCACUAGUAGUAAAGGUCUUUGACAUCAUUCUCCAGCACAAAUCAUUACCAGUUUAUCUCAAAGUACACCUUUUCCUGCAUUGAAGUUUUACGCUGCUUAGAAGCUUUUAUUAAAUCUUCUUUAUGGUGCAGUUCCUGGACAUAUUUCACAUUGGAUUUGGGGAUGAGCAAGUAAUUUUGUUCCUAGUUAUACAUGUCUAGAGAACAUAUCAUGAGGCUAUAGUUACCAGGCGUACAAUUAUGCAAGCAAACGUUUAACAAAAACUUUAUAAAGAAAGGCCCAGAACAGUCACUCCUUCAAACCACACUGUUUAUCAUGUGAGUACCAAUAUAUAAUUAAGUAACACUAAGUUCUCUCUACCUUGAACAAUGGGCUAUAACAUGUCAAGAAACAAGCCAAACCUUUGAUUCCAGCUUUUUUUUUUCUGUGAGCAUCCUACAGAAAAUCUUGAGCUGAGGAUAUUUUUGUCAUGAACUCAAGUGUCUUCAAACAGAAUUUAAAUGAGGCUUUGCAAACACAGAGUACGAGAAACUCUAGAGAAACAUUCAAGUUAUUAUAAUUUAUUUUAGUUUAUAUCAAUUCACUUUUUAGUAGUAAACAAAAAAAUGUAUUUUAUGUAUGUCUGUUAGUAUUGCAACUAUAAAAAUAUUUUUGUUUAUUCAGUAAGAUAUUCCAUAAUAUAAAGCUGUGGUAAUAAAGAAACAUUUCUUUUUUUUUAUAUAUAUAUAAAUUAUAAAUAUGAAAAUAAUUUUUUUUGUGUGCACAUUUUUGUUUCUUUAAGGAAGAAAAAUUAAAUACAAUUUGUUUUUUGAUUUUAUGUUUUUAAAUUCUGUAUCAGGAAAAUUAUUCUACACACAUACUUUCAGAAAUGGAAUAAAUUGUAAAUAGCC